UGGCGGCUGGAGGAUCAUUGGGCGGCGCUGGGCCCGGGUCAUGACGGUAAUUAGCACCAUAACUCAGGUUAAACCGGACUAUGUGACACCCGAUAGAGAGCAUGGGAAAGAUCGGCAUCAAGAUGGCUAACAAGAAAGCUUACAGUUCAGGUCCUUCCAGGAAUUUGAUGGACCCUUACUUAACACAGACUCAUAUGGCAUCCCACUACAAUAGAAUCCUCUCUGCCAAAGCUUCAGUGGAUUGUUCUGUUCCAAAAAGCAUGCUGUUAAGUGUAAAAUACAAAGACCAAUUGAAGAAGCAAAAUCUACAAACUAAGUAUCAAAAGGGAUUCAUCUCAGCCAGAUCGGAAUCUUGGUCCAGCUCUGGUAGCAGUGGAAGAUUAACCGUAACAGAAUCUAUCCAGAAUCCAUCCAUACUAGAAAACAAUGAGUAUGCCAGAGACUUAGCAAAUGGUUCCGUGACUCCUGAGCGAACUUAUGUCACUUCCAAAGGGAAUUUUUCAGUGUUGCCUUCCACUGCCAAUAUUAAUAAGGAAACUACUCAGAAAACGUUCAGUAGGUGCUACUCAGACCUGAGCUCCAGGAUCUCUACAUCUCCCAGACAACAUUAUAGAACUUUUUGCCGUUCAUCAACUAGCCUUGCAAAUAGCCAGCGUUGUUGUAAUUCAUUUCAGGAUGUACGCCAAAAAACAUAUAGUGGCGAUAUUUUGGAGAAACAUGCUCAUCAUUUUACAAAUGGACAACAAUUCACUCCACGCAUUCUGAAGAAAGAAGCACAGUCUUCCUUGGCCCAUUAUAGGUAUUAUACUCCUGUGAAGAAGAAAAAGCUCUCAAAAAAGAAACUCGUGACGCAAGAAACACAAACUGAUUUCACCAGCUCUCAAGAUACACCUGCACUGAAGAACAAGAAGGAUCGUUCACACUUGGCUUCAUUGCAGGCUGUUUAUAAUAAGCAGGUAUGCUCUGAUGAUGAACAAGAGGACAGGAAUGUUUUAUCUCAGAAUUUCCAUUGCAAAGAGCCACAAGAAUGUUUUGAAUGCACUUAUGAUUACUCUGUACAAAGGUUAUCUACAUCAAAUAGAAUCAAGUCACCAAUUAUGAGAAAAGUUAAGGCUGAAGAAGAGGAAUUGAAGUAUCUUGAGUUCAUCUCUGAUAUUACCAGUGAAAUAUUGACUCGAGGAUUAUUUUCAAACAGUGUUUUAGAAAGAAUAUUUGAGCGUCGCAUAGAAGAAAACAGACAUCGACUAGAUGAACAGAAAUUGCGUCAUAUGCUGGAAGAGUUAAAAGAAGAUUUGGGCUGUAAACCAGAAAAAAACUGGAAGACCAGUGAUUGUGAAACUGUAUUGACAAAAACUAAAAUGAUAAAAUUAAAUAACUGUGAUUCUUUGGAAAAUCUGAGGUUUGCACAUAAUUGGAGAGAAGAAACUGAUAGAACUGUGAACAUUUCAAUUAACAAUGAAAAUGAUAAAUCAUGGGAUCAUAGACUACAUGGAAAUUUUAGCGCAGUUAAUUGUUACGAUCAGAAUGUUACUGGAAACACAACUCCUCAUGAUAUUUGUGGAGAACAAAUCCAGAAGGUCCAGGACUUGGAGCAAGAUCAUUGUUUAGUUGCAAAUAGUGAGGAAAACCAUGGCGAUCUACAGUCUGUGGACCAUUCAGACUCUUCCACUGAUUAUAACACUGUUUUUGAUGGAACAACAGAACUGACAGAGAUUGACAAUCUUGCAGUGUCUCUUCAUAUUGUUGACGUUAAGGAAAACUGUGAACCUGAAGAUGUUUGGAGUGGAUCUGCACUAAGUAAAGAGUCAGAAAAAGCUUUUGACGAUGGCAUUAAUUUAUAGUGCUCGCAAUUCCCUGCAAUUACACAGCAAGCAGUCAUGGAUCACAACAGAAUUCUACACCUUUGUGAUGUAAACCUGUACUUGUUACUGAGUCGGUUAUUGACUAUAACAAAGUUUGCAUCAGAAGUGUUUUUGGGUAUUUUUCCUGAAAAAUCUACGCCUCCUCGCACUGUGCAUGUUUUGUGCACAUUUCUGAGAAAUAGUAUAGUAUAUAUUUUACUACAGUUACUAAGGUAGUAUACAUCAAUUUAUCAUUGUGUAAAUGAUUAAGCAAUGUUUUGCAUUAGGUAUAGGUAACUGCUGCAUCACCAAAGCUACCUCUCACAUCUUCCUGAAUCUUGCACAGAUUAAUUUUUACUUGAACUUUACCAGUUCUGUUUCUCUAUAAUCAACAACCAAGAGGAAUGUGAAGGUCAUUCAUUGCAGCUUCGCUGAAAUCAGGAGCUUGCGUAUAAAGCCCCAGGUGCAAACCUACAGUGUCCUAUCUGAGAUGCGGUACAUUGGCAUUACCAAUUAGAUUUAACUUUAAUACUUCAUAAUAAGGUAAGUCAAACAAGUAUUUAAAUAUGGUCAUAAUACAAAGAUGAGCUAACUGUUACAAAAUAAUUAUCUGUACAAUCAAUCUAGUUAUUGUAUUCUUGUCAUUUCAAAAGGGAACACAUUCGACUGAAAUACCCCAUAAUCCUAAAUCAAUGAAGGGGAGAUAAUAAUUGGCAUCCGUUUGUCAUUUUGGCUCUUUUUUUGCUGUUGAAGGCAGCUUAGGAAUAAAUACCUUGCAGAAGUCCUUUUAUGACAACAUAGACACUAGUUUGACCCCAGUUAGAGUAACAUGCCCAAUUCUGGACUUCACAAUUGAGGAAGGACGAUAAGGCUUUGAAGAGAGUGCAGAAGAGAUUUACUAGAAUGAUUCGGGAUGAUGAAUUACAAUUACAGAGUUAUAGCAGAGAAGGCCAAGAGUCAAUUUGAUAGAGGUGUUUAAAACCUUGUAGGGUUUAAAUAGAGUAAAUAAAGAGAAACUAUUUCCAAUGUCUGUAGGGUUGAUUAUGAGAGGUAAUUGGCAAAAGAACCAGAGGCAAGAUGAGGAAAACCUUAUUUAUGCAAUAAGUAAUUAGGAUUUGGGAUGCACUGAGUAGUGGGUACUGAAUCAGUAGUAGCCUUCAAAAGGGAAUUGGAUAAAUACUUGAAGGAGAAAAAAACUGCAGAGGUCCAGGAAAAGAGCAUGGGUGUGGAAGUAACCAGAGUGCUUUUUGAAAGAACUGGUGCAGAUGCACUGGGCUAAAUGACCGCCUCUGUACUGUAUUAUUCAAUAAUUCAAUAAAAGACAGUGGAGUGUGGGGUGAUUUUGCCCAUUGAUGAUAUCAUAUGAUAGAAUCUCAUGAUGUCACAGAAGGGGAAGUUCUGCAAAGAUCAUUUAUUUCAGGGGGUCCCAAAACCACAUUUUUGAUUCAAAGUAGGAACAAAAAGAGGUAGGGAAUAGAUGUAAAUAUUUGUGCAGGCAUUUCACGUUAUUGGAGUUAUGCAGCAAUUCAGUAGAGUGUAGUUCUCUUUUAAUAUAGUCAUCUUAUAGGUUACUCCCAAUUAUGUUCAUUGCACAAGAGUGACAUCUUCUAAUUUUUGUACUAGUAUGCAUAUUUUAUCCAAUAGUCCCACAUUAUUCGUUAUUGACAAAGGUUGGCCAUUGCAACUUGGGCAUAUCAAUGAAAGCUAUGGUCUCGUAAAAUAAAAACUAUCAUGAUACUAAAGAUACUAAAACAAUGUUAUUUUAUAAUGUGGAAUGGGACAUUUACAGUCCUUAACAUAAAAAUAAAAUGAAUUUUAAAACCAUGAUUUUAUAUUUCACCAGUUGGUAAAAAUUACUAGGGUGUUCCCAUGAGAAUGGGCACCAUUCAGAACAGUGCUCUUUAUCCAACAAAUAAACUGAAAUUGUCACUCAAGAGAGGCUGAUGUUGGAAAUAGAACAUUGCUACAUUAGUGGAUUAGAUUUGUUUUCCUGAUGUUGAAGUAGAACAGAGAUGCUGUUACUCUGCAUCUAACUCUCCUGCACCUAACCUGAUGAUGUUUGAUGGGUUGACAGUAAGGGACAGAGAGUGUUUUGUUUCCCUUGUCACAUUCUUUAUGUUGAUAAAUACAUACAAGGACAAGACUAUUGAAUUAUAUUUCACUAAAUAUUUAUGCCAAGUAAUUAUAAUGUUAAAAGCAAAAUACUGCAGAUGCUGGAAAUCUAAAAUAAAACCUGAAAAUAUUGGAAAAACUCGGUAGGUCUGGCAGGAUUUGUGGCGAGAGAAACAGGGAUAACAUUUUGAGUCUGCAUGACUCUUCUUCAGAUGUUAAUGUUGAUCUUGUUUCUAGAGCUUUGGAGUGCAGGUGGGAGAGGAGUGAAUUAUUUUUAUUAUAAUUUCUCUCUUUACAGUUAAAAUCUUAAAAAUUGAAAAUAGGCAUUUAUCUGUUUCAAGUAUUUAGUUACAAUGAACUGUUUCUGUACACGUUCACAAUCAGUAUAAUCCAUUGCAAAAAAAACUAGCAUGGUCAAUAUGCAUUUCAAUUAAAAUAUCUUGUUCAACUGUGCUCAAGUUCUGUGCAUUAACUUAUUAAAAUUUUAUAUUAAUGUUUAAAACAAUUUGUACAUGUAAAUUUGCUAUCAUUAUAGCUGUCAUAUAUAUGGAUGUGUGUACCUGGGAUUCUUAAGGAAUUUUUCUGUCUGUAUGAGUUUCAAUAACUCCUUAUCUCUAAUUACAAAAUAAAUCCGCGGUUCUGUUUAAUCCCUUGAA